AUGCGCUCCCUGUGGACAUUAUCCGCCCUGGCGCUCUCAGCCGAAGCCAUCAAAACAACAGGAUGUCCUCUUUUAGGUCCAGCAUUCCCUGCCCCUACCGCUCUCAAAGCUGAGGAAUUGACCUCAAAGCUCAAUGAAGCUAUCGAGGAUGGAAGUCUACCUGGUAUAUCAUUCGCAGUGCAGUUAAAGUUGGAUCUGUGGGGGGUUAAAGAGGUAGACGAGGAUACCAUGUUCCGAAUUGGCAGCAUAUCGAAGCUGUGGACAAUGUUUCUCUUCAUGACUUUGGAAGGAACGCGGUACUUCCACGAGCCCGUUUCGAAAUACGUGCCUGAGCUGCAAAUAGAGUACAGCCCAGCGCAAGCAAAGGACAAGAUUAAUUAUUUGCAAUGGAGCGAUGUUACGAUCGGCGAACUGGCUAGUCACCAAGCGGGCCUUGCAAGAGACUAUGCAUUUGGUGACCUCGGAUUUAAGUCGGAUCUUCUUCAAAGCAUGGGCUUCCCUUCGCUUCCAGAGGACGAGCAGCUGACUUGUGGGAGUGAGUACCCGUGCGAUAGGCAAGGUAAGUCGAUUUCGUGUGCUCACAUCAUCGCUCGAAUUAUUUGGCUGACAGAGGGGACAUUUUCAAGAAUUUUUCCGUGGCAUUCUAAAAACGCACACCGAUAUACUCCAACGCAGGAUAUCAAAUUCUGGGAUACGCGUUGGAGUCAAUCGCAAAACGCCAACUACGAAGAAAUAUUAUGGGACCGUCUUAUCAGGCCGCUCAACUUGACUCGGUCCUGUCUCAAGGUCCCGGACCCUAGCUUGGCGGUGAUUCCCCACAAUGAGACUUUCAGUUGGUUUGGAUAUGAGAUUGGCGAAGAGGCUCCAGCUGGAGGCAUGUUCUCUUCCGCAAAUGACAUGGCCACAUUUGGACGCGCCGUUCUCUCCAGCACCCUUGUGGACCCUGCCGUGACAAGGCGGUGGAUGAAGCCGCUAACACACACGUCAUCCCUGCAACAUUCCGUAGGCGCGCCCUGGGAGAUCUAUACAUUUUUGACACCUCGUCGGGUCGACCUGUACACCAAGGCCGGAGACAUCGGGCUUUACUCCAGUUCCAUUGGUCUUUCGCCAGAUCACAAUGCCGGUUUUACAGUUUUAGUUGCUGGUGGUAACUCCCAUGUGAUGACAUCGACAAUCGGGGAGAUGGUUGCUGAUAUUAUGCUUCCCGGGUUUGACGAAGUCGCCAGAAACCAAGCUCUGAAACGCUUUGGGGGCACAUAUGCUUUGACGAGCGACUCCUCCAAUUCCUCAAUUACCAUCACCGCCGAUGACGGGGCUGGCUUGGUAGUCUCAUCAUGGAUCAGCAACUCGGUCGACAUGAUCGAGUCUUUGAUGGGUUUGCAAGGAGUGACCGAUCGCUCUGCGAUAAGCAUUCGUCUACAGCCUAGCGGCCUGGAGACCCCAGGGAAGAUCUCCUUCUUGGCUGUUAUCUAUACACUUAGUGCACCAAAAGACGCUGGGCCCCUUGUUGGAUCCUGCUUUUCGUGGAUUUUGCUCGACUCUUUGGUGUAUGGCAACGUCGGUCUUCCAGAGUUUGAGUUCGCACUGAAUCAUGACGGCUAUGCGACGAGCUUAUCCCCUCGGGCGUUGCGUGUUACUCUUCCCUAG